AUGACGAUCACAACAUCCAACGACGUGCCCUCCUCGUCAGGGGACAAGCCUCAGUUCCUCAUCUUUUUCAGCUCGGGCGCCCCACCCUGGUGUCCCGAUUGCGUCGAUGCGCAGCCUGCGGUCGACAAGGUGUUUGGCGGUAGCAACGUAGAUGGCCAUAUCGUGCUUGUCGGUGAGAAGCCAGAAUGGAAAACGCCAGACAACAGGUUCCGCAAAGAGUAUGCGAUCAAGUGCAUUCCUACCAUCACCAAAGUGGUCAACGGCAACGAAGUGGCCCGGCUCGAGGACAGCGAGUGCAAAGAUGUCAACAUUGUCGCCAACUUUGUCAAGCCAUGA